UUGAUAACUAUUGUUGCUCCGUGCUUGACAUUUGGAUUUUUGAUUUCGCGUAACUCGUAAGUACUAAGUAUUGUAUAUUUUUUUUAUUGUAAAUUUGAAUUUGCUUUUAUUAAUUUUUUCUACUUAACUAAAUUCAACGUUUGAGUGAUGAAAUCACUACAUCUAGCGCACGUUUCUUCAAACAGACAUCCGUCCGGUGUUGCUUGUCGGUCGCUGUGGUGUGUAUUAACUAAUCAAACAAAUUAACCGAUGCUAGGUAGUCCGCUACGCCAGUCACACAUGCACUAUUACCUGGGAAUUUGAUUUCAUAAAGAUAAAGAUUAGACAUCUCGUCGAACGUGGAUGGAUCGAGCUCCAAUAAAUUACCAAUCGGGUUUUGUGUUUCCUUAGGAACUCGAUUGUUAGAAACUAUGACUGGUGUCUCUAGAAGAAUCUAAAUGGGCAAUCAUGGGCACACCAGAAAAAAUAAAGCCGCCUCCACCGCCAAAGCCAAUUUUGUUGUUGACCAAUUCAGACGACUGCAGCUGCGAUGAACGACACAAGGUUUGUUCAAAACACAAAAUGGAUAACCCUAGUGACAACAUAGCAGUAUUGAAAUGUCACAUAGACUCGUCAGCAACAAAGUAUACGGUUAAACCUCCAUUGCUCCCAAAGCCUAGUAAUAUUAUGUACAAAGCUAGUCCAUACAAAGUUAAACACCAGUUUCCAAGCGUCAAGGAUCAGACUGCGGAUGAAAACAAUAAGACUGUUAAAUCAAUUGCAAACCGUAUUGGAGGUAUUGAGAUUAAAGAUGAUAUUUCUGUUUUAUACAAUGAAGGAUUGAAAACCGACAGCGACGUCAAUUCGAAUAUUUCCAACCUAGAAGUUCCUGUUACUAUUAAUAGUCCUUUAGAAAAUAAUGUUAUUGAUAGUGAAAACAACAAUGUCGACAGUAUUACCAUCAAGUGUACAGAUAAUGAUUCAGAUUUUGAGUUUCAAAAUGAAAGUCUGUUGAAUGAUUACGUUGUGUUCGACACUGACAUGCUUGGAGUUGAUAUUCAGAGCACAAUCAUCGAAGACGAGAAAUCAUCUAUUGCGAGUGACUCAACUGAACAAUCAUACUCUGUCAGGAAGAAAAUAGUCAAUUGGUUCGGAUCGUUUGGCAAAGGAAAAAAUAAAAAGAAACAGCGUAGCUCUUUCUACAAUAGUCAGAACGAAUCAGAUAAAGAAGAAAAUGACACGGACUCCCAUUCAUCAAUGGAAGAGAAAUCCAAUGAAAAACUGGAUCUCAAUGAAUCACUAUCAAUAGAUAACAUAGAACCAGGGGAAAUAAUAUCGACUAAAACAAAAUCUUUGAGAAUUGUUGAAGAACUAAUAUCAACUGAGAAAGUGUUCAUUGACGUUUUAAAAUUGUUGUGCAAGACAUUUGUGACGUUUGUUGAACAGGCUGGUAACGAUUUCAAGCUAAUCCCAUCUAACGAAUUGCUCAAAAUAAUCAGUCCACUUCCCCAGCUGCUUAGUUUAAAUGAAGACCUCUUGCAUGAUAUGGAAAAGCGUAUGGAAAACUGGGAGCAACAUCCAAAAAUCGCUGAUGUUAUUGUGAAAAAAGGACCAUUCCUGAAAUUGUACUCUACUUACAUACAGAACUUUGAAGCUCAAUGUAACUUGUUGGAUGAAUGCUGUCACAAGUAUCCUAGAUUUCAAAAAUGUGUUAAAGAAUUUGAAGCUUCCGACGUGUGUAAGAAACUUACAAUCAAACAUUACAUGCUUAAGCCCAUUCAAAGAAUACCGCAAUAUAGAAUGUUGUUGGAAAGUUAUUUGAAAAAUUUGGACGAAUCAUCAAUAGACUACAAAGACACAUCAAUUGCUUUGAAUAUUGUCUGUGACGUAGCUAAUCACGCUAAUAAAAGUAUUAAACAAGGUGAUUGUUUGAGUAAACUUUUGCAAAUACAAUCACAGUUAGGAAAUUAUGAAAUCAUCAAACCGGGCAGAGAACUCGUAAAGGAAGGAGAACUUUACAAACUGUCUAGAAAAGACAUGCAGCUUCGGUAUUUUAUAUUGCUCAACGAUUGUUUUUUGUACACUUCAUACUAUGGGACGGUUACGGGAUUAAAAUUAAAUUACGAACUCCCACUUAGUGGGAUGAAAGUCUUUUUACCAUUGACUGAUGACUAUUAUAACGAAUUUAAUAUAAUUACCAUUACAAGAAGCUUCACUCUGAGAGCUCAAACUCCGGAGGAACGCGAAGAAUGGGUCACCACACUGGAGGAAGCCAUUCGAGUUCAUAAUAAUAAACAGCUUACAUUUUUGAACAUGAAGUUUAUACCGAAAAACGCCGGCUGUGAACCACUCAAACUAGGGCAUGAAGCUCCGAUUUGGAUUCAAGACUGUCGUGUGACCAUGUGCCAAUCGUGUGCUGCAGAGUUCACGGUCACAUUUCGUAGACACCACUGCAGGGCUUGUGGAAAGGUAGUUUGCAGGAGUUGCUCGGAAAACAGAGCACCACUCCAUUACAGGAAAUUCCAAUCGGCGCGAGUGUGUGACGACUGUUUUGAUUACUUGUUCAAAGAAGUCGAGGAUAAAAUUGUGGAAGUACGUCAAACUACGUCCAACUUGGAUGAAACAGAUAUUCUUUACAAAUUAGACACCAUAAAAAAUUCAUUUAAAAAAUCUGGAUUGUGGAAUACCAAAAGACUCGUAAAAUACGUUCCACAACGCCUUAAAGAGGUCAUGGCCAACGAUACAGGUUCGCAAAUAAGUGGCUGGUUGUAUCAACGGGGUCGCAAGUCUUGGAAGCGAUAUUGGUUUGUACUGAAAGAGCAGGUUUUAUACACUUACAAAGCGUCUGAAGAUGUGGUGGCAUUAAACACUGUACCAGUGUUGGGCUACAGUGUACAAACAUUUCCUGAGGGUACAAAUUAUGAAGAUUUUGACUCAAAUUGUGUUUUCCAAUUAGCUCAUGCUGGUCAGAGACCACUAAUAUUUUGCGCUGAUAUCGAACAGUUGGCCAAAAGAUGGAUUAACGCUUUAAACGAAGCGACUAAAUUACAAUAAUAUAAGAUUUGUUGUAAUUAAAUUAUUCCAUUUUACUAGUUUUCCAUUUAGGUUAGUUUAUUACAUACAUUAUUUUAGACCAUUAACUUAAGCUGCAAUAUUUUACCCAAUAUUAUUAUUUUGUUUUAAUCGGUGCUGUAUUAUUUAGUAUAUCUCUUCGAUUGGAACCAUUAAUGGUCACUAUAAGAUUUAUGAAAGAAAUUAUAAUAAUUUUCAUCAGUGCCUUAAUAUUAAUAACCUUUUUUUUAGUCAUAGUGUAUUUUUGUUUUUUUUUUUGCGUUUGCGUGUGUGUGAUUAAUAUUUUUGUAUACAAUAAUAUUCAAUAUUAUUAUAAUAUUUAUAACUACCAAAGUUCAUUACAAUUUAUGCAUACCAAUUAUUGUAU